GUCAGCCAUUGCAGAUAAAUAUAUGCAAAAUAUAUUAUUAGAUUUAUUUAACCAUUUAUUGUCAUGACGCAAGGAAAUAUUACGUUUCUCACACAUGGAAUUAAUAUUGCUAACGUCUAAUACAUCAAUUAAAUUGAAUGGCUGAAGUUGAAAACCACCUGACAAGAAGAAUGUUUUAUAUUUUUGGAUAUUUCUAAGUGGAUGAUCAUUAUAAAUUGUUAAGAGACAACAUGAAAAGACUAAAGAGAAGCUCGUCUGAACUUUUUAAUGUGUUCCCUAAAAAUUUAUAUUUGUUAGGAGAUAAAUAACAUUCUUAAAGUAUAAUGAACACAGGGAAUGGGCAGAGGCCAAAUCAGCAUGUGGGGCGAGUACAGCAGCAGAUUCCUAAUAAUCCUAAUUUAUGCCAGUUUCAGUAUGUUGGGAUGCCAGUUCACCAUCAAGGCUUAAAAAGCAACCAGUUUAGUCCCACACAAGGUCGUAAUCAUGGCUACAUGGGUCCUCCACAAACAGUCCCAGGUCAACAAGGUGCUGGUCAAGCUACAUUUCCUGUGGCGAGUAUGGCUAAUAUGGGUACACCUGUUGUGGCAGGAACAUUUCCUACAGCAGAUAUUCUUGCCAAUUUUAAUCAGAUGGGACCUCCUAGACCUAACAUGCAGUAUAAAACUAUGAACAACUGGACUAAUCCUAACCCUCCCAAUGCUAUGGCUUUACCAAGCAUUGGUAGUUUGUGGUCUCAUUUUCAACAACAGCAACACAACAAACAAAACAUCCAACAACCACAACAGCAUGUGAAUCAACAGCAAGUCACAUAUCUUCCACCACCACAGCAACAACAAUUCAUCAGUAAUACCGAUACCUUAACUUUUUGUGGCAAUCCAAAUCUACAGUAUGGAAUGAACCAGUCUUCAGGAACAUUAAACCACACUCUAAAUUAUGGGGGAUUUGUAAUUAAUCGAAUACCACAAGCCGGUCAAAACCCCCAAAUAGUUAACACUUGCCAUCCCAAUAUGGGCAUAGGGCAUCAAGGAAUGAUCCCCACCAACCUACAAGCCAAUGCUGGCCUCUUGCAAUCUACUUUAGCCCCUCCAGGAAUGGCGCAACCCCCAGUUAUAAAUACAGACGGCUUGGUGACAACUAGUUUAGCAGCCAGUUCAAACCAAGUGACCACACCAACCACCACAGUAACUUUAACGUGUAGUACAAGUGCACAAGUAACAGAGACAGCUACGGUUCAUUCCCGAAUCCCAGUGACAUCUGUUCUAUCACCCACUAGUAGUACAACGGCUACUAUUAAACCACAAACUAUAGACCCAAGUUGUAAUAAAGACAGUAUUACUGAUACUGUACAUGGUAUUAAAAUACCGUUUGGCUGGAAGAGAUCGGUUGAAAAUAAUCAAGUUGUGUAUUACAGUCCUAGCAGUAUGAAAUUGUGUAAUAAACAGGAAGUGUGUAAUUAUUUACUAUUAGAUGGAACAUGUAAGUGUGGACUAGAGUGUCCUCUAUUAGUGGAUAAAGUGUUUAAUUUUGAUGUGUGUGUUGUGGGACAACAGUGGAAUGUGGAGGAUGUAACUUGUUCUCAGGACCUCUCGAAACUCUGUAACCAUAACAGAAAAAUUAUUGCAAUGGCCAGAUUUCAACAUAGUCAAUCUAUUCAAACUUCUACAGGUAGAAGUGCUAGUUGUUCAAGUCAUGGAGAUGAUAGAGAUCAAUCUGAUGUAGAAAGUAAUAAAACAGACCAGUCUUCUAGUAGUGAAAUAAAGCCAAACAGUUCUAAUCAUAUUACUUCAACACAACCUAAAGUUCUCGGUAAUCAGUCUUUUGGAACAGCUUUAUUAGAUGCACAGACUUUAUUACCACCAGGACUCAUGGUGCAUAACCACAGAAUGCCAAAAUUUACUGAUGUGCCUCACAUUAAUCCGUUUGAAGUAGCCACAAAACCGAGGCCAGUCAGAAAGCGUAAACCUAGGGCAAAGAAAUCGCAAACGCCCGACCCAGCUGCCGAUUUAGGUCCUAUUACUUGUCAUGUUCCACAGAAAUUAGAUUUUAGUCAAGAAAGUCAUUUUAGUUAUCGUUUUAAGAUGGAUCAGAUGAACUGCCAUAUGCAGCCUUCAUUAAGUCCUAACGAUUACCAACAGGGGUUAGUUUCCCCACAGGGUCUUCUGUCUCCACAACCAGGACUCGUUUCACCUCCUAGUGUGUUCAAUGCCCAAUCUCAGGGUAUGAAGGGACCAGUUGUGUUUCAAAAUUCAGCACCAGUUUGUGCUGUGCCUUCAGGACAUUUUCUUGAGCAAGUUCCAACGUCAGCAAUGAAUACUGCUAACUUACAGUCUCAGUUCCAAGUACCGGUUAACAUACAAUCAAAUACCGGCGUCAUGUUUCAACAGAUGAUGCCAGUACACAAUCCUGUUUCACCAAGACUUGGUAAUGAGGCCAUGUAUAAUCCAAAUAAUCCUUACCAACAAAAUGUUUUGUGUAAUACGAAUGCUGGUAACUAUACUUAUCCUCAAAUGACGGAUCUGAUGUGGCUGGAAUCUGGAAAACCAAAGAGUAAAAGACCAAGGGGAAAGAAGGACAAGCACAAAUUAAACAGUAUUGUCGAUCGAACAUCUCCAUGCCCCAAUGUUGAUGUUCGAAAUCUCGGCCCCAAAACUCCAGAGUCUAAUUCUGAAGUAUCUUUCCUUGAAAAUCCUACAGCAUUUCUUGCUCAGCAAACAGUGUUAGUGAAUAACUCAAUUAAGUCUCCACUUGCACAGUCCAAAGAUUUAACUCCUCCUAGUAAUAUGAAGGGUUGUGAAGGAACAUCAUCUGGUUGGAAGUCCUCAGCUAAACCUCUUGCUACUAACACAAGUAUUACAACUGCUUCACCAGUUGGCAUUAGUUCAGAUGCUUCAACUAACAAACCAACUAACUUACACCAUAAUAAAGAUGAUACAUCGACUGCCAAUCUGAAAGAAACCAAACCAUUAGACAGACACCAGAGGUCUCCAGUAACCAUAAAAGUUGAGAAAACCGAAGAUAGCGCAGAGACAUCAAGAAAUGAAAACAAUCCCAGUGACUCAGCCACUUCAGGUGAUAAGGUUGUAAGACUGGGUCAAUGUCCCCAAAACUCAAACCAAACAGAGAAAAGAUCCCCUAACACUCCUUUAGCUCAAGUUAGUGCAACUAUGAAUGAUGAAGUCAACCAAUCUGGAAAUAAUCUUCAACAAAUAAAUACUGAACAGGGUGAUUUCCCAGCUAGUAAUCUUUUGUCUGCUGCUGCCAGAGCUCAGAUCACUCAACAGCAAACUCAGAAUAUCUUAGGACACAAUAUUAACACUAUAACUAACACUGUGGCCGAUAAUGCUAAUGUUGCUGAAUGGAUGAACAAAAUUGUUUUGGCUAACAAUGGAGCAGCAAAUGUACCUUUAGAUCAACACACUCACAUAAUGCUACAACAAAAUCCUAAUAUUUUAGCUGGUGGUCAUGGAGGUUUGGUGAACACCUUCAAUGGGAUGACAGGAUUGCCUUUGAACAUGUUCUUUCCUUUAGGACAAGCUGUAGAUCCGUCAUCUUUGUCACCUUCUAAUCUGUUACUGAAUGUCAACCAGCAGGUUCCUUUUAUGAAAUCUGAUGUUUCAAACGCUACUUCAACAGUAUUGACUACGUCCCAGGAUCCUAACCAUCAAAAAUCUUCUGUGGCUCAUGUGCAAGCCUCAAACCAAGUUCAAGCAACAGAGAUGAUGAAUACAGAUCAAGGUAUAUCAUCAGUUAAUACUCCCAUGCCAAGAAUAUCAGUACCUCUGGUGUCCAAUGUUACCAACAGUAUUUCGCAAGUUAUCCCCACUGUUGGAGUCACACAGCCAAUACUGAAUCAACAACCAUUGACCCAGAUGUUAGGAGGGAUGACUUUUCCUGCCAUGAACAGUUUAUUUGUAACUAAUCCUAUUGCUCCAAAUCAACAUUGUAACCAGAACUUGACUUUGAUGGAUAUAAUGCAACCUGGAGAACAAAAUAAAGCUGUACCCAAAUCAAGCCCUACACCAGUUGAUAAUGUUGCUGUCACUGGUAAUAUUAAUCCAGACAUUUUGGCACAAGCCCAAAAGAAUGAUCAGUUGGGAAAUAAUGCAAACCAACAGCUUCUUUUCUUGCCCAAUUUAAAUUUUCCUAUGAUGCAAGUUCAAGGAUCUAAUCCAUAUUUUCAGCAGGCGGAAAUUGAAAAAUUAGGUCUUCAGAGCACACCACAGUACAUGGUACCAAAUCCUAUAGUUGAUCCAACAGGUCAGUUCUGUGCUAACCAACAGAACCAAAACAACUUACUUGGUUUAUUGGGCAUGCAGCAAAUGUGGAACAAUUUGUCCACAACUGCUGUAGGGAACCUGACUCCAGCCCAACUUCAACAAGUACAGACUUUGCAGUUUCAGCAGCUUCUGCUACAACAACUUCAAGGUAUGCAGACACUAGUAAAUCAAAUUAGUCUUCAGACUGUAUCACAGCAGGGAUUGGAAAGUGGUACUCAACAAACACAGGGGUUGAAAGUGGAGCAGGAUUGUAAUGGCGGUGAUGGCGAAGAAGAAGUAGCUCAAGCAGAAGAUGGAGAAGAUGAACCAGAUGACACUGAGAAGCCUGAAGAAGAGGAGGAGGAGAAGCCAUUGCUUGAAACCAAAGUAAUGGAAAAACCUCAUGUUGGUGUGGUUAUAAAAAGGAACACUAGUAAAUCAUCUGCAAAAAAUGUGAAUAAAAAAAUAAACUCUGCCAGUACUAGUGAAACUAAUCAUGGGUGGAAUUUGAUGCAAUCUGAUAAAAUAAAGUGUGUGCCUAGAAAAAAGUUAAAGCAGGAGCUAAAGCACGACAUUAAUCAUGACAAAACUAAAGUGGACAGUUCCAAUCAUUUACAUGUAACUAGUUCAAAUUUUGUUGCUAGUAAUACCAGUGAAAAUCAUAUAACUAGUGGUUGUGUUCAAACUGAAACUAAUGUGAAACACAGUAGCAAUAGACCUGUCCAUCAUUAUAAUGGGGAGAUAACUCUUGUUAAUACUGCCAGUUUAAAAAGGUCAAGAGAUGAAGAUUUGAACAAUUCAGGUGGUAUAUUAGUAAAAAGAGAGAAGUUAUCUAGAAAUUUUCAUCAUGGUGAUUUAGUAUGGGGAGAAGUAGCUGGUUCUGAUUGGCCAGGGAAAUUAAUUCACUGUAACAAUCACAUUAACAAUACAGAUAGUAAUGGUAUUAAUGGUGAAGAAAAAGUAUUAGUAAAAUGGUUUGGAGAUUGUGGUGAAUCUCGUGUUGAAUUAGUUCACUUGAAGUCAUGGAAUGAAGGUUUGUUAGCCUAUCAACAAACACAACAAACUAAAAAUAAAAGAGAGCGACAUUUUAAUGCUACUUUAGAAGAAGCCAUUAAAGAAGCUUUAUUACAAGAACGUGCAAAUAAUCUACCUCUUAUGGUGAGAGCAAAUAAAAAAAAGAAAGUUUGAGUUUUUAAUAGAUAUACUUUAUUAUUCUGGUAUUAAAAUUGUAAAUAAUUGUAUUUAUAUGAGGAAUAUAUUUCUCUUCAAAUGAAGUAAUAUCUUUUCAUAUCAAUGAUGUUUAUUUUUACUGUCAAAAAGAAAAUAUAUUUUGUCGUGAUUUUGUAGGUUUUUAAAACAGAGUUGGUGAGUUAUGGGCAUUUUGCUCCCCUGAUUAAAAUUAGGGGUUAAUUUUAUGGUUAUGUCUUCUGUACCUUUGUUUUUUUUUUCAUAGUCAAAAAUUGUUACUCUAUUUAUCACUUAAAGUUUAAAUUCUUUAUUGACUAGGUCUUGAAAUGAAAAUUCUAAUGUUUCUAAAAUAUUGCGGUUGUUUAUUUUUGAAUAUUUAAUAAGUGAAAAUGAAUUUUAUAAUGUUGAUUUUUAUUUAAUUUUUAUAUUUUGUUGUUUUUUUUGUUGAAAAAACCCUUCAAUUAAUUAGAUAAAUAAAAAAAAAAAAUUUGCUAGGUUAGUGUACAUUGUAUCUUAACAGAAAUUUAUUAUAAGGGCAUUCUGCUGCGAUAUAUAAUCAGUGGUUCAACAAGUAAAAAUAAGAUUUUCGAAAAGUAUUGGUAAUACUUGGUCCUGUUCGCUGUCCAUAGAUUUUUACUAUUUGUAUAUUGACAACAUGUGAAACUAUAUUUAUAAAACUGAGGAUAAUUGUUCAUUUUUUUAUCGAUUUUUACAAAAGAAAGUACAUUUUAUUUCAGAAAUUUAUGAAAUUAAAAUAAACACAACAAACAAUCUGGCCUUAUCACUUCCACUUUAAAUUGUAAAAGAUGAAUUUAUAGAGCAAUCUGAGACAUUACCUAAAAAAAAAAAGAAGAGUUUAAUAUUUGUUCCAAGUAAAAUACAGUGUACUGAAAUAAGCAUGGUUACAAAUCAGGGCUCUGGCUUCACAUUUUUUUUGCCCAACAUUUAAAUUUUCACAUAUUUCGUUUAUUUCAGAUUUGUAAAACAUUUUCUUUCAAAAAUAUGUCAAUUUUUUAUCACUGUUUUAAUUUAUAAAUCAACUAUUAAGUAUUUUUGCAGAUAAAGCUAUCAAUUUUACUGUAAUUGUUGUGUUUCACAGAAUUUUUGAAAGAAAUAUUAUUCCUCACAUAAACUUCCCAACCAGACAACAAUUAAUUUCACUAUCAAUUGGUCAAUACUAGUUAAUUUGAGCAAAAUGAGAGAUCACUACUAUAAAUAUGUGUAUUUUAAGCUAAAAGGUUCUCUUUUUGCCAACAUUAAAGAGACCAUUAUGUAGGUAUAUAGGGACAAUGGAAUACAUGUACUUGAGAUAACAUACAAACUGUUAAUUUUAAUUUAAAUAACCUCCUCUGUUAAGUUUAUGUUUUACUUUUAACCCUUGUAGCUUAUGAAGCUUUCUGGUACUAUAUUAUAUAUAUAUCUAUAUCAUAUAUAUGUAGUACUUCUUUUAUUUAUUUCUGACUGCAUAGUGCUAUUAUUACUAAUUGUUAUUAUUAUUAUUAUUAUUAUAAAUAUUGUUAAUAUGCAGUCUCUGUUUGUUGGUGUCUGUCCUUUUGUCAUCUUCACAAUAUCAAGCAUUUACAAAAUAUGUCUGAUACAAUGACAAGGUUUUAAGAUCAAAAGAGGUUGUUUCAAUAUACAUCAGAUGUCACAACACCAUGACUUCACGAAGAUGGUGGUUUAGUUAGUCAGGAGUUGAAUGACGUGUACAUCUUUUAUAUGCAUAAUGUUAAUUUUAGAUUAUUUUCCCCUUGCUGUUCAACCAACCUAUAUAUUUACGAUAUUUCAUGUUCUAGUUACUGUGUAGAAAUCCAAAACAUGACAUAAGAUACUUCUUUCUAUUUAAAAGUAUUUCAACGUCAGGAUUUUUUAAAGAUUAUUUUGUGAUUUAAAAAUCUUGACUAUUUCAUGGUUUGAUUGAUUAUAAACAUAUUAUUUUGCAGGUAGUUUUAUAUGGCAAUUAAUUUAUAUAUGGUAUAUUCUGAAUUGAUACCUCAAAUGAAUUAAACAUCUUUGAUGUACUAUAUGUCAAAAUGAAGUAUUUAAAUUGGUUUGAUCUGAUUGGUUAUUUUGGUUUGGGAAGGAGCAAGCUGUAUAAUUAAAUUUUUGGAUCCAAAGAUUAAGUGAAAAUCAAUUGUUUACUUAAUUUAGUUUAAAUAUUGGCUUACUCUUGUCACCAGUGGAAUAUAAAAUCAGUUUCUGUCAACACUGGCUUUAUCUGUAAAAUUUUAAUUCCACAAUACAGAUUAAAAUAAAUGAAAUGAUAAAUUUAUUUUUGACACAAAUCAAAUCUAUAAUUUUAUUUUUUUUGAAACAAAUCAAAGCGGCCUAGUCACUUUAAAGAAGUUAGAUGAGGUACAUGUAAAGGACAUAGUCUAUAGCUUUAUCUUGUAGUGGAGUGAAGGACACCCCAGAUUGUAAUCAAAUAGAGUGUGUACGACCAUACAAUUUUAAACCUAACUAUUAUAACAGGGGAGCUAAUCCACUUGUAUUAUAUUAUUGAAUUUGUAAGAUGCAAUAUAGGUUCUGUAAAUGAUAUAAGUGUUUUUACUGUACAGAAUGUGUUCUUUAAUAAGUAUAUUUUAUCUUAUUUCCUAUCAUGUUUAACAUGUUGACUAGAGGACAUUUUUUUCUAAUAAAUCUCUUUUAUAGUAUCUUUAUAUAUCCGUUUCUUUAAACUUUAAUAAAUAAAACCUGUUUCUUUAAAAUUCAUUUAAACUAUAGUAUAGAUAAUUUCAUUUUUCGAGUUAUCGAGCUAAAUAGAAAAUUACCGAGUUGUGCAAAUUAAGGAAUAAUUGAAUGUAACCAUUUGAUGGGUGAUGACAAUUAUGAAUGUAAUCUUGAAUGUUUAAGUUAAUGAAAAGCAAUUGAUAAAAUGGCAUAAAAUGUUUUUUGUUCUUGUGGCUUUAGUGAUUUCUAAUGUUAUUGAUAUAAAUAUUUUGUAAUAAAUGUAAAUAUUUCUCGAUUGUUUUAUACAUACAAAAUAUUAUAUUAAGGGAUGUUUUUGUUUUGUUAAGUCCAUCUAUAUGAAGAAAAUUUAUACUUUUAUUAGUGAAUUAGUGCUAAUAUAAAAAUCUUUAUGAACUUGUAUAUAUUACAAAUUGAUUUUUCUUUGUUCUUAAUAUAUGUAUAUAGACCGAUAAAACCCCCUUGUUUUAAUGUGCCAUGUGGUAAUAUAUUAUGUACUAACCAGUAAUUUUAUUAUCUUUGUGUUCAUUGUUUUUUUUUUCUGUGCUCAAAGCACCUCUAGAUGCAAAAACAUUUAACUAUAAUUAUUAUUGUAAAUUCUUGUAAUGUAAUAUAUAUAUAACAAAACUGUUAUUUUGUGUCCAUUAAGACUUUGUUAUAUGUGCUCAUAUGUGUGUGCACUUUAAUGUAGAUUUACUAUUGGUAUACAGAGAAAGAUAAUGUAUUAUUAUUAUUAUUAUAUUAUUAUCUUUGUCAACUCUAGCUAUAAGAAAUCAUCAAACAUGUCAACAUUAUUUAUGUUGAAUAUAAAUAUUUAAAAAAAGAAA